CAACGGGUUCUAAUAUAACCUAAUUUGGACCGUUUGCUUUCGCGCUCCCGCUCCUCAAUCACGAGAGAAGAAGGAACGGAACAGAGAGUAGCGAUGAGCAGCGAAGCCACGAACCCUAAGCGCUCUCUCCUCAAUCCCAACUGGGCUCAACUCCAACAAAAACUGAAAAGCAGACCCCCCAAACCAUCAGAAUCGUCCAUUCACGAUUCCGAUAGAAAAACUCUAGAAACCUCUUUAGGAAAACGCAAGGAGCGGCCGGAUUCGGAGCCUGAUUCUCCAGCAUCAGUGCUGAGGCCAACGAAUACGGAUUGCAGCUUAACAGAUGCAAUAGCCAUGGAUUGUGAAAUGGUUGGUGUCAGUUCCCAGGGAAAUAAAAGCGCUCUUGGACGGGUCACACUGGUGAAUGCAUGGGGAAAUGUCCUAUAUGAUGAGUAUGUUCGCCCCUUAGAACAUGUUGUUGACUUCCGCACAGAAAUUAGUGGGAUCCGACCACACAACUUAAGAAAAGCUAAGGACUUUCAGGCUGUUCAAAAGAAAGUGGCAGAGUUGAUUAAAGGAAGAAUUCUUGUGGGCCAUGCUCUGCACAAUGAUCUUAAGGCGUUGUUGUUGAGUCAUCCAAAGAAGGACACGCGGGAUACUUCAGAAUAUCAGCCCCUUCUAAAGGAAGGGCGGAAACAGGCACUUCGGGUUCUUGCAACUCAGUUUCUCGGCGUCAAGAUCCAACAAAAAGAGCAUUGCUCAAUCGAGGACGCACAGGCUGUGAUGCUGAUAUAUCAGAAGCAUAAGAAGGUAUGGGAAAGGAGCCUGAAAGCGCGUUUGAGGUUCAAAGGAAAGCACAAGAACCAUAAACGCAAGAGGAAAACGAAGCAGAAAGAUAUUCCACAGUUUGAUCACGCUACUACAACUACUAAGCAGUCAAAUUGAUAGAUGGUAGCUGCCAAUGUGAAAGUUACACAAAACUGCUUUGGCCAUUGUGGCAGUGGAGCCUCCCACCUUACUGUGCCAAUACAACCGAAAGCGGUAUGGCUUUUGUGUUAUGGUGAAGGAGAAUGGGUGUAAUCAUGCUGGCACUAGUGCACCGCUCCCCAUCAGAACUCUUCCAUUAGAUGGGCGAGAAAAGUUUUUAAGGAUGGGUGACCUCUUGGGAAGUGCUGGUGUUGCAAGCCUGACCUUUUUUGUUAUAUGGUCACACGCACACCAUCAUUUUGUAUCGUUGUGGAGAAAAAGAUUUUAUUUUAUUUUUUGUUUGUUUUCUUAGACUAGUAUUGUGUACGCCUUUUUGUCUCCUUGAUCAAUGGAUGAACGUAGAAAUAGAAAGGCCCUGGCAAAUGUCGACAGCGUCUUUUCA